CGGCAAUAUGGCGUCGGAGGCGGCGGCUUGUUGACCCUUUCUUUGGCAACACUGGCAGCCGUUCCCCCUGGUGGCUGUGUGUAUACACACAACAAGCGGAUCAACAUACUGGAACACAAUAGACGAACGCGCGGUGAAAACACCCACACAUCCACACACACACACAUACGCACACUCGCUCUGGGACACAACAGUGAAAUAUUGUUUGUGUGUGCAACCGGGUGCUGUAUAGUGUGCGUGUGUGCGAAUCUUUCUUCCCGUUGUUUCGACCGAGCCCGUGUGGAUGGACGCCAAGUGAGGCCGGGAGGGUGACAAGCCCGUGUCAGUGGUAAGCGGGGAAAUAACGCGUUCCUUGAGAUAGGCCCCGAGCGCGUCUCGAGUUUUUCCGCUGCCUGUGGGUGUGUGUGUGUGUGCGCGCGUGUGUGUGAUUGUUUAGGCGUCCCAGGCCCAGGAGCUGCGAGAGGCCGGGCCGGGUGCUAUUGUUUACGCCCGGAUUGGGCUGCAGGUGCAAAGUGUGAAGGAAAAACAAUUUUCCACUGUCGCCAGCCAACUAGGCGAGCGGCGUGUGUUGGUAGGCCCUGCUACUAGUGCGCGCUAUUCCCCUCCCUGCUGUGGUAAGGGGCGCUGAGUGGUGGAUACGGUAGUGGUGUGUGUGUAUGUGUGUAUGAUGUACGUCCAUUUUGCACGCCGCAAAGCAAACAAAACAAUCAAACAGUCGCCGCAAGGACGCCGUUCCAGCCCCGUGAAGCGAGGUUAGGAAGCCGCUCGGCUCUCGCUCCCACCUCCCCCCCGCACUCCCACUCCCACAGCAUCCUUUCGCUCGGUCGUAGGUGUGGCGGUGGUGGUGGCGCUGACGAGGUGGAGAAGCGUCGCGAAAAUACCAAACCAAUUACCACAAAUUCGCAUCGAAAUCAACUGUGAACAAUCAUCCUACAGCUCACCCAACCACCCACACACACACACGCACGUACGCAAUCGCAACCCCCCGCCAAGCGGGCUCCUAUCAACUGUGCACGGUGGGUAAAAGGGAGAGGGGGAAAAGCAGACGCAGAAAAACGAAUCAAAGGAACAAAUCACUGAAAGGAACAUUUCCUCCUACAUCACAGCGACAUCCCACGGCGGCGAGCGCACACCCGCCCCACCCGCCCCUGUCAACCGGCAAUCAAUGCCACCGCUGGCGGCGUGUGUUUUUAGCAGCAGCAGCAGCAUCAGCAUCAGUAACAUUUACGCACAAACAUACCCCCACACACACACACACUCGCAGCCGAUAAAUUGAUGAGCCUGCCCCGAAAUCCCCUACCCCUUCCCCGGAGCACGGCGAUCGAUUCAGCGCAAUGAGUAACGUACGAUGCAACGAACCGCCACCGACGGCGACCACUUCCCUCGCCGCCAAGGACACGGAGGCUGAUACCGGGCCAUCGAUUGCGCCGGUACCACAGCCGCAGCAGCAGCAGCAGGCGCCGCAGCAGGCGCCGACCGUGCAGUCGAGCAAUAGCAAGGGUACGCCCUGCCGCAUCAACAGCGUGAAGGGCUACCAGAACCGUACCAACAGUAUUAUCUACUGUCCGCCAUUGUUGCGCGGCAACUCGCCGAAGGAGAAGUGCAGUGCGAUCGUCUACUUCGGUGGCGAUGUACAGGACAUCCCGGAAAAGAUGGAAUCCAAUCGGGACAACAAAAACUACAUCAAAUGGAACCUGGAGAACACGGCGCUGCUGCUGCGAGAAUCGUUCCCCCAGUCGCACAUCGUGGUCGUGCGCCCGAUGCGGAUGGAGUACAGCACGUUCAGCUGCUUCGACAACUUCGUGCGGGGUAACAAUGCGGGCAUACCGGACCACACGCCCAUGCACUACUCGCUGCAGCAUCUGGAGGAGCUGCUUAUAAAUCUUACGAAAAAGCUCACGAAACCUAUCCUGGAUCAGGAAUUCCUACACAAGCUGCUGAGCGCUUCCAGCACCAAGGGGUACGGGGGCGACGUGCCGUGCAAACAGAACAAUGCCGACAUUUUGCAAAGCAAUAUCUACGAUGGCGGUGCCGCCGGGGCGGACGAUCCGGCCGAACCGGACGACCUGUCCGAGCUGCUCUGGUGGCGCGAAAAUCUCAACCUCGACAAGGCGAGCCUGAAGCUGAUCGGGUUCAGCAAGGGCUGCGUGGUGCUGAACCAGUUCAUCUACGAGUUUCACUACUACAAAACGCUCACGCCGGACGACAGCACGAUGAUGCGGCUGGUGUCGCGCAUCAGCGACAUGUACUGGCUGGACGGGGGGCACGGCGGCGGCAAGAACACCUGGAUCACGUCCCGCAGCCUGCUCGAGACGCUCUGCCGGCUGUGCAUCAACGUGCACGUGCACGUCACCCCAUAUCAGAUCCAGGACGACCACCGGCCGUGGAUACGGAAGGAGGAGAAAGCGUUCACCGAUCUGCUGAAGCGGCUCGGGGCCGCCUUCGACCGCCACCUCUACCCGAGCGAGGCGAACUCGACCAACCUGUACACGCACUUCGACGUGCUGAACCGAUUUCGGCAGCACCAGAUCAGCCUGUUCUCGCAGCAGCUGCACCAGACGGUGAUGCAGCAGCAGCAGCAGCAGCAGGGCACGCUCGUCCAGCACGCCGCCGGCGGCGGUAGCUACGGGCGGGUGGUGGUGGCGGCUGCGGCGGCGGCGGCGGCGGCGGCGGCUCCCGGGCAGGGCAGUGGGGAGACAACGGACGGUGGCGACGGCGGCGGUGGCACUGGCUCGCCCGGCCCGGAAGAAUACGGCACGGUGGGUGAGGACGAGGACGAGGAGGAGGAGGAAGAGGAGGAAGAGCCGAUGGAAGGCACCGGCGGAGGAGGAGGUGGAGGAGGAGGAGGAGGGCGAGGUGGUAGAGCCAUCGGGAAGGUGGUGGAUGAGGAGGAGGAGGACGAGGACGCGUCCUCGCUGGCACUGGAGGACGCUGUCGGGGAGGAGGGGCCGGGCGGCGGCGAGGGCGAGGAGGAGGAGGAGGACGACGAUGCACCCAUGCCGGCGCACCACGUCACUGCGAUGGAGACGGGGGCGGACGACGACCAGGGUGAUAGCAGCGGGGGCAGCAGCAGCGGCGGCAGCCUGCACGACAACUGACAAUCGGCACGCGAUUGCAUCAACUUCAUUUCCGUAUUCAUUUAGACAAAAAAAAAAGGCGCGGAGACCGAGAGCGCGAGAGAGGACGAGUUUAAGUUGUUCGUUUCGCGGCGGCGGCAGCUCACCUACACUCAACGGGAUAUCCCCAUCCCACCCGCGCGCGGGUAGCAUACAUUUACGCACACAUCGUACGACUUUGCCAUGUUAGAUUUUACGCGUCCCCUCCCUCCCGGUGCAUUCCCCGUGCGUUUCAUGCACAGUGCCACAGCCACGACUCAUAGCGACCGAGCGGACCGGCAGGAGGCAUCCCGAAUUGUAUCUGUAAUAUUAUGUUGUACCGACUGUACAUUUAAGUAGAUUUUAGUGGGCCCUUGUUGAGGGUAACGACGCACUUCAGGACCAUUUUUUUUUUUUGCUGUGGCGGUCGAAUGCCUACCGCAGCCGGGGAUAUGCGGGGGCUCAUAUUUUGGCCGCUAAGUUGAGGGCUGAGAAGCUGAUAGAAAGCUAGGGCGCACCUUCCCUCUAUCUCUCUCUUAGUAGCACAAACCACCCGUUUCGAUAGGCGCAGUGCAAUUUAUGACAAACCGGCGCAAAUCAUCAGCGGGCUUUACUUGCUCCGCGCUGCUUACCACGCCGACUAAUAGUGUGAAGAAAAAUUGCCCCCGUUUUUUUCGACGCGUACAUGUGCGUGUGAGUGCAUGAUUUAUUUUUCCAAAAUCGGUACGUGUCUAGGAGCUGUUCCGCGGGGGUGAUUUUUUAAGGAAAAGUGAACCUACAAACCCCUUUCGAACGACAAUUCCUCGCGUACUUUCAAACGAUCGUUUGAAUUACAUCACAAUCCUCUACCACCCUGGUCGUGAGAUACCCUUAGUGCACCGGUAUGUGUGUAUGAGUGUGUGUGUGUGUGUGUGUUUGUGCAUAAGAUAGGGGUGUGUCUGUCUAUGCGCGGCUGUAUACGUUUGAACGAGAGAGUAAGGGAGAGAGAGAAAAAAAACAAUGGGGUGGGUGGGGGAAAACUAUUUUCAUCCUUUUUCACAAAUCGUUGCAUUCGUUGCUCAAUUCAAUUGUUAAUUUGUCUGGUACUGUAAGCUCUCUCCCUCUCUCUCUCUCUCUCUUUUCACUUUUAACAAACACAACAAAAGUCGCGCUACACGACAUCAACACAACACAAAACAGGAAAAAAAACCACAAUGUUCAUCUCAAAUCAUCCCCCCUUCUCCCAAGCGAAUCCCCCUCUCACCGUUUUUAGAACGUACACACCCAGCAGUGGGUGAAAAGAAAAAGGUAUCGUUUAUAAUUUUAAAAUUCCUUAUAAUAAUUAAAUAUAUUUUAAUUACAAUUCUCGAA